GGGGGAUAUCCCUGCAAAGGCAAUCCAAGGAAACGGCUCCCAUCAGCGGCAACCACGGCAGAGACGGCCAGCUUCCUCUUCUCCUCCAAGAUCAAGCCCCCCCACGCCUCGCUCUCCAGCACUUUUUGGGCCCGAGAUAUGGCAAUGGUAGUUAGCAGCUGGAGAGAUCCGCAGGAGGACGUGGCCGGGGGGAACCCGGGAGGCCCCAAUCCGGCCAGGGAUCAGCAGCAGGCGCCCUCCGCCGCCCCCCACACGCCGCAGACCCCCAGCCAGCCGGGACCCCCUUCCACGCCCGGCGCGGCCGGGGACAAGGGACAGCCGGGCUCGGGCCAGAGCCAGCAGCACAUCGAGUGCGUGGUGUGCGGGGACAAGUCCAGCGGCAAGCACUACGGCCAGUUCACCUGCGAGGGCUGCAAAAGUUUCUUCAAGAGGAGCGUCCGCAGGAACUUAACCUACACAUGCCGUGCCAAUAGGAACUGUCCCAUAGACCAGCACCAUCGGAACCAGUGCCAGUACUGCCGCCUCAAGAAGUGCCUCAAAGUGGGCAUGAGGAGGGAAGCGGUUCAGCGAGGAAGAAUGCCUCCAACCCAACCGAACCCAGGCCAGUAUGCUCUGACGAAUGGUGACCCCCUGAACGGCCAUUGCUAUCUGUCGGGAUACAUCUCUCUCCUUCUGCGGGCUGAGCCCUACCCCACCUCCCGCUAUGGCAGCCAAUGCAUGCAACCUAACAACAUCAUGGGCAUUGAGAACAUCUGCGAGCUGGCGGCCCGGUUACUGUUCAGUGCUGUGGAAUGGGCCAGGAACAUCCCUUUUUUCCCAGACCUUCAGAUCACCGACCAGGUGUCUCUUCUCCGGCUGACUUGGAGUGAGCUGUUUGUGCUGAAUGCAGCCCAGUGCUCCAUGCCCCUCCAUGUGGCCCCUCUCCUGGCCGCCGCUGGCCUCCAUGCCUCCCCAAUGUCGGCCGACAGAGUGGUGGCCUUUAUGGACCACAUCCGUAUCUUUCAGGAGCAGGUGGAGAAGCUCAAGGCCUUGCACGUAGACUCUGCCGAAUACAGCUGCCUCAAAGCCAUCGUCCUGUUCACAUCAGACGCCUGUGGCCUUUCAGAUGCUGCUCACAUUGAGAGUCUACAGGAAAAGUCCCAAUGCGCCCUGGAGGAGUAUGUCAGGAGCCAGUACCCCAACCAACCGAGCAGGUUCGGCAAACUUCUUCUGAGGCUGCCUUCCCUGCGUACUGUAUCUUCCUCAGUCAUUGAACAGCUCUUCUUCGUCCGCUUGGUAGGUAAAACCCCUAUAGAGACCCUCAUCAGAGAUAUGUUAUUAUCUGGAAGUAGCUUCAACUGGCCUUAUAUGUCAAUCCAGUGUUCCUAGAGAACAGCCAGAAAGACAAUCACUGCGACAGAACUCUGUACGACUCUGUACGAACAACCAUGGUGUGGACGCAGACAGAAUACAUACAAAACUCCUUAGGAUGUCAACAAUAAUGAACUCCGUGUGUUUGGGGAAAUGAAAACAAACACACACAAAAAAAAGGACCAAGGGGAUCUAUGAUUAAAAUAUGCAGACAAGAACCCUAAUGGAUGCGCUGUGGACUGAGAUGGAUUUAUUCUGUACAGGCGACAAAAAGCAGACUUGUGAUAAAUCCUGUGUGUAGCUACACAUGCACAUAAGCACCAUGAACAUUUGUUGUUGAUUUUGUAAUAUACUAGUCUUUACUUUCAUUUCUUUUUUUUUUUUUUUUAAUUGAAAACAUUGUAUGCGCAUAAAGAAAGCAAGACAUAAGAAUUAGGGGGAAAAAAUAACAGUUCCAAAUAAUUAUAAAAAAAAACCCACAAAAAACUCGUCCUGUGUCUAUGUAUCUAUAUCUGUUUUGUAUUUUUUUCUGGUUCCAAACCAGGAUUCCUGUAAUUCUCUACUAAUAAUUUUUUGAUAUAACCCUUUGCUUCUUAUAAUGAGUGCGAUAUAUGUUGUCCAAGCUUAUGUUCUUCAAGAAUUAAAAUUGAAGUGAGAAUUUAAACAAAAUAAAAGACUUUAGCAAAA